ACUAAGGAUGAGAAAAAAAAAAAAGCCAUCUGUUUCAGAAGGAAUCAGGUUGUUGAGUUUCACAGAUCCAGUGGCUGUGGGAUUAUAAGACUUCACUAUCACUAUCCCUGUCGCAUCGCCACAGCCCACUACCACCCCCACCGAACCCGAAGCUCCUGGAGGGGAAAAUGCUUUUUCUCCCAAGGGUCCUUACGAAAGUUCAGGACUCGCGAAGUUAUAAACAAACAAACAAACAAACAAACAAUCGAUACGAUUUUGAGCCCUCUGACCCUGGAGUCCAAACAAAUGGCCAUAGAACUGUGGGUCUGGAGGACACCGCUCUGAUCCAUGCGGUCUCUCCGGGUAUUAAAUGGAUUUAUUGUCAGCCUAGUUGCUUGGAAUUCUAUUCUGGCCUUCAUUUUUCACAGCGGAACAAAGUUGUCUGGGCCCUCCAGCCAGCGCUGGGCAGGAGCAAGCAAGGAUGCUCUUGGAAACGCGGUGACCCAAGCCUAAGCGGCCAUGCUCCGGGCUAGGAGCGAACCCCACAGCCACUCACCCUGGGGCGCUGCGACCGAAGCCGCCGCUGCCACUGCCACUGCCACCCGGGGCUUGCCGGCCAGCUCCACGCAUCCUGCCCUCUCACGGACUUUCUUACCUCUUAAUGUAGUUCCUGCCAUACAGGAUCUGUUGCAGCAAGGUCACCAAGGCAAAGGCGCAGAUGAAGAUGAAGAGCAAAGUUCGGUUCCCCAACAAAUCCCGGUUAGCCGAGGGGUCCGCGUAGCGCAUCCUGGCUAUCGGGCGCCGCGGGCGCGGGGUACGGGGCGGCCAGGCAAUGACUCGCGGGGUUCCGGGGCCCCGAGGGGCGCGCGGCCGACUUGGCGCCUCACGGUGCGGUCAGACAGGCGGGGGACUUCGAGGGGCAAAGUUUCUGGUUGGCGCGGCCGGAGCUGGGGGCAUCCAAGCGUCGCAGGCGCUGCGGCAGCAAGCAGGACAGGGCGGGUGGCAGGGAGCUCUGCCGCGGCCCGGGGCCUUCCCCACCCCCGAGUACCUUUACCUCCAGGCGCUCGUGCCGUAGCCGCCGAUUUCCCCGCGGAGGGGCGACGCCAGGUGCCACGAGCCGGAGGCGGCCCCUCCCGCCGGGGUGGCGGCCAAUGGGGAGCGAGACCCGGGCUCCGUCCCCUUUGCGCCCCAGCGCGCCGCGCACCGCCCCCUCUAGUCCGGCUCCGGAUCGCGGUUGCCCAGCGCGCUGUGCCCUGCCGGGGGCGGGCCACGUUUGAUCUCCGGGCCCGCAGCGAGGGAUCGCGAAGGUAUUGAUCUAGGCGCUGCUGUGAAGGGAAUUUGCAGAUGUAAUUGGCCUAAAUCAAUUGGCUUUAAUAUCAGGAAAUUGUCCUCAGUGGGCAUGGCCAUAUGGAGCCCUUACAAGGGACUGGGCUCUUCCUGGUGAAAAAGAUUUGAAUCAUGAGAGUGGCUGAUACGAGGGAAAUUCUUUGCUGUUGCCUUCGAAGACAGAAGAGGUCCACAAGGCAAAGGAUGCAGACAGCCUCUAGGAGCUGAGACUGGCUCCUGGCUGACAGCCAGCAAGGAAAUGAGGACCUCAGUCCUCCAAUCAUGAAGCAGACACUGACUUCUGCUAACAACCUGAAUACACUUCAAGGAGGAUUCUGAGCUCCAGCCGCCUACACAUUGAUUUCAGCUGUUGAGACCCUCAGCAGAGAACCCAGCUAUGCCGUGCCCAGAUUUAAGACCUACACAUCCGUGAGCUUGUAAGUGUGCGUUGCUUUAAGCUGCUAAGUUUGUGGUAAUAUGUUUCACUGCAAUAUAAAACUAAUACUUCUGUGUGCA